AUGACGGCUACCAUUUUUCUCGGACCUUCUUGUCUUCCGCACGGUACGUGGAGAGCCCAUAAGGGGCCCCCGGGAGACAACCGUUUCUUUAACGGCGGGGAAAGGCUCACGGCGCAGCACUUCAUCUGGGUUCUCAAGAACGGAUUCUUGCUGCAUCCGGCAGUUGAACGGAGGCUUUCACAAGUCGCCGCGCCAGAAGUGGUGGAUAUUGCAACGGGUAAUGCGAUUGCGGCACUCACUUUAGCCCACGACCAUCCCAACAGCAAGGUCGUCGCGCUCGACAUCUCAGCCGACCAAUAUCCUCCCGUCUGGACCCCCCCGGCAAACAUUGAAUUUGGCUCGUGGAAUUUCUUUGACCCGGUCCCCGAACAGUUCUGGGAGAGAUUCGAUGUCGUUCAUGUCCGCGCCAUUUACUCCACGUUCCAAGGCAGGGACAAGGCUGAGGUGCUGGAAAAACUGAUCAAGUUGAUGAAGCCAGGAGGAUGCCUUCAAUGGCACGAAUGCUGCUCGAGUCUGAUCGGGGUGUUGGACGAGCAUUCCUCCCUGAUCGACUCGCCAGACCUGCCCGACUAUUUCGAGGUGAUCGAUAGAUAUACCGGCGGGUUCAGCUCGGCACGGCAAUUUGACGACCUCGCCCAGGUAUUUGAGGCCAAGGGUCUGGUCGACGUGGAGAAGACGGUCUCGAAGGUCGUUCCUCACCUGCUAAAGCACGAGACGGAUCUGGUCUUGAUGUCCAUGCAGGAAGUCAUGGGCACGUUGCGACAUCGCAAGGAACAUCCAGCAGAGGUCAUGCAGAAGCUGGACGAGGCUCAGGCGAAGAUGACGGCCGAAGCAGCGCGAGGGAAAUGCUUUGUUUAUCUGAUGGCCGUAUUCGUGGGACGGAAACCCGGCGGGCACUAA